GAUCUUCCAACGGGCCCCCAGCUCUCCCCCGCCUUCUCGCUCGACGUCCCGUGUUUAUCAACUGACGACGCGCUCCGAGUCGGCGGACAAAGCGUGGCAUGAUGUCGAAGCAGCUCAUGCUACGCUUGCUGGGCCAUGUCAAUUGGGUCGUGCGUCGGGGAGGCCGCUUUGGAUUUGCGGUCCUCAAGUUCCCUGGCGUAGCAGAGGCCAUUACCUUCGCAUUCCUCUUCCACAUCGCUACCGGGAUUUGGUGCGGCAAAUACUGUGGAAUUUGGGAGCCGGGAUUCCCCAAGCUUUGGACGGCAUGGGUGCUCUUCCUCGCCGUUAUCCCCGUCUUCGCACUCUUGCAGCUCGUGUGGCUGGCGGGUCUCCAGGGAAUCGUGUGGUUGAUGAACAGGAGAAAUAGGCGAUGCGCUCCAAACAGUCGGAGGACGAGUCAUGAUGUAGAGGAAGAAGGCUACAGCCUCCUCAGGCAGCAAGAGGGCGAGGACGCUGUCCCGACGACGCCUCUAGGCUCUCCCAGAUCAAGUUCGCCACCUCGUAGGGAGUCCAAACCUUCACACUGUAUCAAUACCUAUUCCGUCUUCUGGUGGACAAGAAUUCUCGUGUACGUCGUGCUUGUCUUCAUUGGCUAUCACGAAUACAGCAACUACGAACAGCCAAACGACACUCGGUGGCGUCCAGCACUACAGAAAGCGCUUUCCCACAAGAACCCUGACCCUACGGGUUACGCGAAGGACGAAAAAAUAUUCAUCGCGGCCGCAUUUUACAAUAACCAGGAUGUCCUGCCGUACUGGACGAGCACUAUGCUGAAAGUGAUAACAUAUCUGGGCGCGAACAAUGUCUACGUGUCGGUCGUAGAGAGCAACUCGAGUGACGGUACCCCGGACUUACUCCGCGAGCUUGACAAAGCCUUGGCCCAGCGCAACGUGCACAGGCGCAUCCUCAUUUCCGAUACAGCGAUUCCGCGCCCGCCAGAUAUGUCUUGGAAUAACCGCAUUGACUUUUUGGCCGCAGUGCGGAACCGUGCUCUGGAACCUCUUGUGGACCAGGGCGGAUAUGACAAGGUCGUCUUCUCGAACGACGUUUUCAUUGAGCCAGAAAGUCUCAUCGAGUUGUUGGAGACCGCGGACGGCAACUACGACAUGGCAUGCGCUCUCGACUUUGGCCACUUCGGUGCCUACGAUAUGUGGGUCCUCCGAGACCGCAUCGGCCACCUCGCUGCAGGCAUCUGGCCAUACUUUUUUGACGCGGCAGACUACGAGGCCAUGAAGACCGACUCUCCCGUGCCAGUAUUCUCGUGCUGGAACGGCAUUGUGGCGUUCGUCGCCGAUCCCGUCCUGCCCAUCCACCUUCGCUCGAAUCGCACCUUGUCAACAUCGCCCCUGAGACACCUCCCGCCACCGACGCACCCGCUCAAGGACACGGUUGCCGAAUCGCCAACGCUAACCCCUCCCCUGAAGUUCCGCUCCGCGCCGCGCGGUGAGGGCUGCUUCCACUCCGAGUCGUUUCUCCUCCCGUACGACAUGCGCCGCAUUAUGGGUCUUGAACGCAUCUAUGUGAAUCCACGCGUCAUCACCGCGUACGUCUGGCACUUCUAUGUCUGGUUCAAAUGGGUGCUGCGUCACCCGUUCGUCAAAUGGUUCGUCGAGCGUGCAUAUAAUGGCGCGUGGAUGCAGUACGCGCGCAUGAUCGUAGGCGACGACGACAAGGUUUAUACGUGGGAUGGAGGAGACUGUCAUCCAUGGUGGUACGGGGACUGGUGGUAGCUUUCAUAAAUUAUUGCCACUUUGAUAUAGGACAUGGGCGUAUUUAUUCAGAUGAUUGCGGAAGCUACUCGAGCAGUUGGUAUUUACACGUUCCGUACAUUAAGUGUAAUGUGAUUGUAGGUCGUGAAUUUA